ACUUCCGGUGCGGCCAUGCGCCGCCCUCUGGAGCCGGCCCUGCGCUGCGGCCCGCGCCCGCCUCGCCCUUGGGGAUCGGGCCGCGCUGCCCUCCAGGCCCGCGGGGCUCCUGAGUCACGGCGGUCGCCGUGAAAGGGACUGUGGGGUGCGGGGCUGCGGGAAGCACCAGCCGUCGAGUUCGAAUCGGGCUUUAGAUGUCUUAAUAGCGCGGAUGUUACUGAGAGGCCUUGCUCAGGACGCAGCCCGCCGUGACCCGUUCCCACCGCGCGAGGAGCGCCGCUGCCCGCCUUACAUCACGGCUCGCAGCGCUGCGUCAUUUUGCAUCUGCAUUUCCCCUCAGACUGCAUUUCCGAUAAAUCUCUUGGAGAUGAGCGUGCAGAUCUUGCCGCAUGUCGCAGCGCUGCCAGAGGGGCUAUUUUUAAACCGGGACUGCAGGCUGAGAGGAACAUAAAGCAGUUCUUGCAAAGAUAGAAAUAGGGUUUCCUAUGACACAAACGGAUGAUCGAAGCCUGGGUUUAAGAAGCAUCUCCUUUCUUUUUUUUUUUUUUUUCUUUUCUACUUUUAAGUCUCUGUAUUUCAUUUAACAGCACGUUCCCGAUCGAAUUCUUUCCAAAUCAUUUACACGAUAUUUCCUUUUUCUUUUGGGAAGGGAAAGAGGCUCCAGAUUCUCACGUGAGAUCUUUUAUGAGCCAUUUCCCCUUGGAGCCAAGGGCGGCCCCGAGAGCCGGUGCUUGGCUCUCUCAGCAGCCUGCUCGCUGCAUCCCUUUGUGUUGCUGCGGGGGCCCUGCAGUGUCUGAGGCAUCCUUGCUAACUGUUGAGUACUGUUUGGAUUGCCUCACGUUAAGCACGUUAACGGUGCUCAUCUGGAAAACAACAGUUCUCAGUUCUGAGUACUCCACUGCGUGCAAAGAGCUUUGGCCAUGAAUAGCCAGGUUAAUGUUUGCUGCAAGGCUGUUAAGCACAGGGCGGAGAUGAGGAAAUGGCUGGGAAUGGUGCUUAGCUCAGCUCUCCAGUGAGCUGCGAGGGCAGAGGUCGGUGCUCCCUCUGCAUGAAUUUGCUGUAUGUUUCUGAAGACCGAAAAGCCUAAUUAGGGGAAGUACGUUGAUGAGGUGUAUGUAUUUGCCCAGACACAGCGAAUCGGUUGAUUGCAGACAGUGACUGCAGAGCAGUCGAGCUGAUCUGUGCCUGUACCGGGCAGCGAGUGUGUCGAACAAAUAUAUUUAUUUCAAAACGCUGAGGAAAGCUUCUUCAUCGCAGAAGAACACAUUCAUGUGCUGUAAUGUGAGCUUAAACAAAAAUAAGAUCUCAGCUUUCGACCUAAUGAGCCUCUCCAUUGUUCUUUUUGACUAAUCCUCUUAGCUACCCCAGUGCUUGUUUGUUCCUUUCUUUGUUUGUUUGUUUUCAGCGGGCCCCCUCCAGUUGCAGAAAGCAGAGCUUUCCUCAGGCUUUGAAGUAAAAUUAACGAUUCAGCCUAAUCUUCUGGGACUGUGUAAUAAGAAUUCGGUUUUUCUGAGUUAAGUUUCGGUGGGGUGGAGUUCCUGUUUGCUUGUUAAGAGAAUGCACUUACUCUUAAGUCUUGUUUUACCUUUGUAAAUGAGCUGGAGGAUUUAACUGUGAGAUGAAGGGGUUAAUAUCAUUCCAGAAUCGAGAGGUUUUUUUUCACUGCAGUGUCUAGAGCAGCUUCUGUUCUGAGUAAUGCUGCAGAGUUCCUUUCAUCUGUAACUUUAUCUGAAUCAUCGUAUGGGUAACAGCAGACACUGCCUGAAAAACUUCAGACAAACAGGAGUAUCUUCGAUACGACGACUUGGCAUUUCGUGGUUGGUGAAGGAAUACAGCUGUUUUACCAAAAUGGGAAGUUGUAGAAUUAGAGGGUGUUCUUGCUGCUUGGUGUGUCGGGGUGAUACCCUUGGCUGGGUGAUUGCAUCUCGCUCCAAGACACCGGGGACUGAGAGGAAGGCCUUUGAUUUCUCCUAGACUUGUGGUUUUGCAGUUGCUGCUCUUCUGCUUUUUCUGCAGGUUCAGUUUAGCACUCAGGGUGGAAAAACAAAUUCAUCUUCUUCCUCAGUAGGUCACGAGAACUUAUUCACAUUCGGAUCCUUUCAUUACUGAUGCAUCUAAAAGAAGAAAAAGAACAGUAGUUCUUAUCAAGUCCUUCCUGUUUUAGACACGAAACUUAACUGAGCGGUGGUAUAGCUGACACUUAAACCAAAGAUAAUGCUGUUGGCUCCAGAUAAUUGAGUUUUCCAGAUCUCAUGCAGUGGUACUUCAGCUCAUCAAGUUGAUGUAAACAGAUUGCAUUCAGUAACUGAACAGAAAUAAAACCCUUUAGCACCUAGGUGGUGUGCUUUGAGAGUUGUCUGCUGUGUGUAACUGCUGUUCUUUCCGAGAACCGAGGUCAGGUAUUGUGUUGUUUUUCUAUUAAACAGAAAAGAGAAUCUGAAGCACACAGGUAGGCCUCCUUAACUUGGUGUAGCAGUGGUGAUAAGGUGUGGUGCACAAGCCUUUUAAAAACCUGCAUGCAUAGCCCCUUCUUAGCAGCUCUCCUCUGGACACCUCCCACUACCUUCUUGCUGAAGAAGGUUAUGGAAAGGAAAGGACAAGCAGGUAAAUGCUAUUAAGACCCACUUUUGUCUUGUCUUUCCAUUUUUAUAAGGUUGCUGACUCCUGUAGAAUUUUGCCAGCAGCUCAUGGCUGAAUAUACACGUGCUGUGCUGGAGCAGCAUGCCUGGUCUCUGCUCAGCUGCCUCCAUCUCGCCAGGAGCUCUCAGCCUCUAUCAGUCCUGAAGCAGCCAGUGGGUGCAGCUGGCUGUUCCUCGGAGGUUCCCAUCUGCCAGUGAUGGCAAUGCUUCUGUUCUUGCAGGAGACUCAGCUCUGUUGCUGGGUGUAACAUUCUCAAUGAAACCAGUGGUUUAAUAAACAUAUGCGGUUGACUGAUAGAGUUAAGUGGAUCUGAAGGAAAGGACAAGCCACACCUGAGAAAGCAAACUCAUUGCAACCUUCUAAAGCUGUGGGGAGAGAUCUUGCAUAGUGAUUUCACUAAUUGGAUUACACAUGUGAAGACUCACUUGAAGGAAAUGAUCUGAAAGCAGCUAGCACAUGCUAAGGUUCUAGAAUGCAGCAGUCUGUGUUUUAAGCUGUGUUGUCUUUUUAAUGAAGUCAUUAUACGUGCUUUUGCUCUAGCUUAUGGCAAGUAGUAGAAGUAAUAUCCUUCUGAUAGUGGAAAAAAACUCUUUAAAAGCUGAUAUUUUAAGGUAUUUAAUUCUAUGGCCCUGGGUGAUAGCUUUCUCUAUGCAUUUCCAAAAAAAACCCCCAUGAAAUGUUGGUUACAUGUUAGAUGCUUUUUGGAUGUGCAAAGCCUGAUUUCUGUGGCUUUUCUAAGCAGCCUGUGAAAGGCAGGAUUUGCUGUUUUGGUUAAAGGAUAUGUAAUUAGGUAUUAGUUGCAAUGUUUUUUCAAUGCUAAAUUGUCACUGCCUACAGUUAGUACCUCCCGGAUCGGUUGUUCCAUGUGUUGGCACCACAUAGCUUUGUACAGUCUUGCAGUGAACUGAGUGGGGGGAUGUGGUAUGGUCACAGCAUGUGUGGUCUCACCACUUUGUGUUCCUAUAUCUGAAUAGGAAAGACAGAGCAGUGCUGUAUGAAGACGCCCAGAGAGAAUGCAGUUACAUACUUAUCCUGCUCCAGUUUCACUUAUUCAGAUCAGGUGGUGCAUGUUCCCUGGGUGUUUGACAGAAAGCAACGUUCGGAUGUCCUUCUGCAUGUCACUGAGUGAGGCAGGUAGCCUGUUCAGUUUUCAGUUUUGACAAUCAUUUUUUUUUUCCUAUAUCCAGGGAGAAGAGGCUGGUGUUCCUAGUGUGCAACAUUACACUUAAAUUUGUGUGUGUAAAGAUGUUCUUCCAUAUUUUUACAUGUCAAGCCAAAAGUAAUGCACUCCAUGCUUUAACAUAUCCAGUUUUCAAGUAUGACCAAAGCAUGUUUUAGCCAAAUGCAGCAAUUUCACAUGUACAAUGUUAAUUUCUUGGUGAUGUUAAAGUCAAAACUUCCCUCCUUUGGGCAAGAGGUGGAGUUGGUGUAAUCCUUGGAGAUCUUUCCCUCCCCCUCACUUGAGUUAUCUCAUAGAAUGGCGCUGAGCUUACUGCAUGGGAAUGCAACGCGAAAGUGAUGGGAAUUAAAUUAAGCUCAUGAGUGCUUCAGGUUUUUUUCCUUCCCCCUUUAUAAGGUAUUUCAUGCAUGGAGUCUGCAAGGAAGGAGACAACUGUCGCUACUCUCAUGACCUGUCCACUGGUCAGUCUGCCAUGGUGUGCAGGUAUUAUCAGCGUGGAUGCUGUGCUUACGGAGAUCACUGCAGAUAUGAGCACACCAAGCCGCUGAUGCAGGAAGAAGAAUUGACUACUGUGAAUCCAGCUGCAAAAACUUAUCCCUCAGACCUCGCAUUACUCCCUGAAACUGUUGAAGAAGAUAUUAUUGAGAUAGAAGAUGAAAAUAUAGAUCUGGCAGCUGCUGGAGUAGGUGCUGAAGACUGGGUGAAUGCUGUAGAGUUUGUUCCUGGGCAGCCAUACUGUGGACGCGCUGCCCCUUCCUGCACUGAAGUACCCUUGGAGGAAAUGGUGAUUGAGGAAGAAUAUGAAAAGCAGGAAGCAGACGAGGAGAUGAAGAAGCAGCUGUGCCCCUACGCUGCAGUGGGAGAAUGUCGUUACGGAGAAAACUGCGUGUAUAUCCAUGGGGAUGUCUGUGAUAUGUGUGGACUGCAGGUCUUGCAUCCAGUUGAUGCUGCCCAGAGAUCCCAGCACAUAAAGUCUUGCAUUGAAGCUCACGAGAAGGACAUGGAGCUUUCUUUUGCCGUCCAGCGUAGUAAAGACAUGGUGUGCGGGAUAUGCAUGGAGGUGGUGUAUGAAAAAGCUAAUCCUAGUGAGCGCCGCUUUGGGAUCCUCUCUAACUGCAACCACACUUACUGUCUCAAGUGCAUCCGCAAGUGGAGGAGUGCUAAACAAUUUGAGAGCAAGAUUAUAAAGUCCUGCCCAGAGUGUCGGAUCACAUCUAACUUUGUCAUUCCAAGUGAGUACUGGGUGGAGGAGAAGGAAGAGAAGCAGAAACUCAUUCAGAAAUACAAGGAGGCAAUGAGCAACAAGCCAUGCAGGUAUUUUGAUGAAGGCCGUGGGAGCUGUCCGUUUGGAGGGAACUGUUUUUACAAACACGCGUAUCCUGAUGGCCGUCAAGAGGAGCCACAAAGACCCAAAGCCCAACGGAGGAAUCGGUUCUGGGAGUUCAUUGAGGAGCGAGAGAAUGGUGACCCAUUUGAGACCGAUGAGGACGAAGUGGUGACCUUUGAGCUCGGUGAGAUGUUGCUCAUGCUGUUGGCAGCAGGAGGUGACGAUGAGCUAACGGAUUCCGAGGACGAGUGGGACUUGUUUCAUGAUGAGCUGGAAGAUUAUUAUGACCUGGAUCUAUAGCACCUGACAGGGGAGUGUGGACUAUCGUCUUGGCUUCAGGCAGUAGCUAUUACUUACCUGUGGUGUUGUGGCAGUGCCUGUGUUUCUCCUAGGCAGGCCUAUCAAUUCCAGGUGCUGUUGUAAUAACUUUUACCCAGGGUCUGUCUUGUCCCGUCCCCUCCCUCCCCGAGAGUGUUGUUUUUCCUCUGUUUAAACAAAUAACAAGAAAUCUUUAAAAUCUUAGUUUUUGUAAAAAUGAAUUUAACUGUCAAACAGUUAGCUUAGAUUUGUUGCUUCAUCUAUGUACCCAACAGAGCUCACCCAGUUCCAGGGUUAAAGUGUUUACAGGACUUCCACACUCAUUUUGAAGAGCCCAGAUACAAAAAUGAGCAGUGGCCAUGCAGUGGGGAUGUCAAUUGGCUGAUGGCCUCUUUUCUGUCUCUGUAUCAAUAUUUCUGACGUCAAGCCAGAUACAAAUAAUCCUUUUCUGGCAUCAGCUCCGUUCCAGCCCCCUCAUGUACACAUCUUCAUUUGUGAUUUUGGACUCUUGUUUACUUGCACAUUACUAUUACUACUGUGUAACCAGAACCAGGUGUGAAUGUUCCGGGUUUUUACUGUGUCUAGCAUGAAAGGAUAAUGUCUUAGUGAAAGGAGAACUUUCUAUGUGUAUAUACAGAUAAAUGUAGAGUUGGACCUCGAGGAUGGGGAGACUCUGUGUAAGUUAAGUAACAAGACCACCUUUCAUCCCCUCUUGGUGCAUGAAGUCUAGCCUCCAAUUGGACAUGAAUCUGGUUUAGUGGUCUCAGCUCAGUCUGUGGCAACGAUCUGUCAUGUGCAACUCCCUCAUACACCAGCUCUCUUUCAUGUGUUUCGCUAGGGUUGUCCAGGAGCAGAAGUCCGGUUAGCCGAGUGGGGUCAGAGGAACACGAGAGGCCCCUUUAGCUGUACUGCUCUUUAAGUUUUAGAACUUGGUGCGACCACGUAAGCCAUGAGCUUUGCUAGGAAAUCUCUGUGCCACUCAGCUGGUUCAAGGUACGUGUGCCUUUCAGCAUCUGAGUUGGGCAGGUUGCCUGGUCAAGCUGUUCAGCUUACGUGAGUUACUGCUGAGGAAGUCGGUCAUGCAGUUUCUGGCUGUAAUUUGCAUUGAGAAAUUACAUUGCCACCAAAGCUCCAGCACAGGAAUUUUAACCUUGCAUUACAUUAUUGCUGUUUUUUUUUUUUAUUGACUUGUGGAUGCCCCGUGAUCUGUUUUCCUGCUGCUCUUGACCCCUAAACUGCCUCUCCUUUCACUUUUAAUUGGAAUGAGAAAUUGUUCCGAGGUCUAUAAUGUAAUGUUUUGCAGCUGCCUUUUGUAAGAAGCACUUUUCCCAAAUAAAAAAAUACAAAAAAAUGAAAAAAACAAAACCCCCCCAAAAAAUGAAGUGAGGUCUGUCUGUUCUUUUACAUUUGAAGCCUCUAUAUUUUUUUAUUUUGGAGUGGGAAGGGGAGGGUGUUUGCGUUGUACGAAAGCAUUUGGUGCUGAGCUCCUGCAGAAUCGUGUCACGCUAAAAUGGCGUUUCAACUUUGUUGUAACCUAUCCAACAAAGAUUUUGUGAUGGAAGGAAUACAUUCUGAACGGACAGCUGAGAUGAUUGAGCUGCUGAAGGAACAUCUGCAGCUGUUACUGGGAACAGAAGCGGCUCCCUCAGAAAUAAUUUCCGUGCUAUGGUACUAUUUCUGUUUGUCCCCAACAAAGUCAACUGCAGUACAUUUUCUAUUAAGUUUUCUGUCGUAAUGCUGCCCGGACAGCAAGCCUAAGCAUUGCUACAGGCUGCUUUCUGGGAAUCCAUGUGCUUCUUUAAACCUAUGUGUGUUCAGAAGAAGCAUUCUUUUACAACAAUGCAUAAAGAUGGAAGUUAAAUACUAGAGGCGUAUUUGGCCUUACUCAGGAGUAUGAGAAAAGAUGAGCUGAGCAGUCUAAAACCAUUGUCAGAUCUUUUUCCAGAGGCAAGCAGCAGAGGGAGAAAUGCAAAUGUAAAUGAAGUGGAGGUACGGGAGAACCAGGAAAAAAAUAGGGCUGUGGAGUAGAACAAGGCUUCCACACAAUGAAGGUAGGUUGCCAACUUCUUACUGGAGUGAUAUAUUCAAAGUGUAACGAAGAUGUGACCCGUAGGAUGGGGAAUGGUAAUGGACUUACAAGUGCGUGGAUCAGUUUUCCUUCCCAGGAGGUCAGAAACAGCAUGCUCUGCUUCUGGUUUGGGUGCAUUUGUGGCACGGUGCUAGGUGUUGCUGCUUCUAAACCUUGCUUGUUGUAUGAUUUCAGGCAAGUUGGGAAUACUUGAAUAAGUGAUUUAAUGAGGAGGUGGCUCUAUCCACUUGCAAGGUGAGCAGUGUAGUCCAGCUCAUCGUGGCGAGGUGUUUUGGUUGUUCCCUUGCUUUGAAACGUGCUGCAGUUCUUGUUCUGCAAGUAGAGGAACUGCGUGUAUUUGUCAUUGAGCAGCACCGUGUGCUGCUUCCUGCGUGAAUCCAGUUGUUGGUAGGCCUGUUCUGAAGUGUGCUGUUGUGCUGUAAUUCCCUGCCACCCUACCAACGGGAAUGACUGAAAAGUGUGGGGCCUUUGAAGUGAGUGAAGAAUGUUGGUAGGCUGCUGUGGUUUUCUUCUGUAAGAACAAAUAAAUUGACGAGAAUGAAGAUCAACUUUUAAUGUGAAAACAGAGUGUAACACUUAAAAAGAAAAUGUAGUACAUAGUAAGUAAGUUCCCAAGAUAGAGAAACCGAAUAGAUUGAGAGGACAAUGAGAGUAUUCAUAGCAGCGUUGAGGUGAAAAAGGUUGAGAGAAGUAUUGAGAAGGAAAAAAAGAUGCAUGCUGUCAUUUGAAGUGCCUUGGCUGCAGUCCCUGUGCAGGAAUAUAUACUUCUGAUUUCGUUUGAAAUUUUGUACCAGCUGGUAAUUGUGGAGGGUGUGCAUGCUCUAGUUGGUCUGCUUGCAAUUGUAAAAGCAAAGGGCACUUCUUAACAGCUUAACUGCUGCUUCAGUUCAUCAGGGCCUCUGCUUCUUUACAAUCCUUUUAAGUGCUGCUCUUUCCUGAUUACAACAACGUGUAUUGCAAUGUUGCUUCUGAGAGGCCUGUUCAAUUAAGGAAAUGCAUAGUAACUCUUUCCUGUUAUGGGAGACACAACAUGAAUUUCUGUUUGGAGCAUGACUUGAGGUACAGUGUCUCCUGUUUAGAAUGGAGAUUGUCUACAUGGCAUUAUUAAUGCUGCAGCAGCUUGAAGGAAGGGAAUCCACACGGUUCUUGGGAGUGAGAGAUAAUAUGGGACUGUGCUGUAUGGCUCAAAUAGUUGUAAGUAUAUUAAGUUUCUGCCCCUUACUUGUUGCCAUGACUUGUUGCUGUUACCCACAGGUAUGCUAUUUGUCAUUUGCAGUCCAGCCACUGUCCACACCUCCUUGCCAGCAGCUUAAUGUGAUCACAUAGACAAGGCCUUUGUGGGCAGCUAAGCUGAGGCUGGUUUUGGAACAUCACUGAAGUGCAGUAAAUGACUUUAAAGGCCCUAACUGUCUUAAGCUAACAAUGAAAUGUAAGUCCCUAUUGAAAGUUGAUGUACUUCUCAGUGAAAGAGGUUCUUGCUCUGAAUAAAGCAACUCUACUUGUAUAUCCCA